UACUCGCGUGUCGGUAUCGUCGGUUAUAUAGAUUGGCUGGCAGGUCCUGUGAAGUUAGGAUAGCUCUCCGUGACGAUACGGUAUACCACCGAGGCCUGAAGACAUUUGUUUUCGGCACUGCAAGCGCUGUACCUGUGAGAAGAACGUACGCCUGCCAUGAACGACAGCAGCUCCGAGACGAAGACCGCACCGGUCCGCCCGGUUCCCCCGUGUCUCCACGGCACCGGCGGGCCCCGCCACACCAUCGACGCGAUCCUCGGCCUCCACAUGCGGGAGCCCGGCCGUGACCAGGCGGGGAGACACCGCUCCGAGCCCGACGACGUCCCGACGGCAUACGGUGACGGCCAGGACCAGAGCGAAGCGCUGAACCUCGUGGUGGACGUCCUGAGCUCCAGCGACGACGAGAAUCGCACCGCCAAACCGAACGGCACACACUCUACCCACGGUUUUUCUUCCGUUCCUCAGACUCCAAACGGCGGUGCGGCUGAGACGGGGGAGGAAGCCUCGGCAGACCGCGGGGAGGACGAGAAGACGCCGGCGGGAGAAGACAUGAAGAAGAAGCACCGGCGGAACCGGACCACCUUCACCACGUUCCAGCUGCACGAACUGGAGCGAGCCUUCGAGAAGUCGCACUACCCGGACGUCUACAGCAGGGAGGAGCUGGCCAUGAAAAUCAACCUGCCGGAGGUUCGCGUGCAGGUGUGGUUCCAGAACCGCCGUGCCAAGUGGCGGCGGCAGGAGAAGAUGGAGGCGCAGACCAUGAAGCUGCACGACUACCCCAUGGCGGCGCUCAACCACGUGCGGAACCCGGAGCGCGCCUCCCUGGCCGCCAACCUGCCGGUGGACCCCUGGAUGACCGCUCCCAUCGCCAGCGCCGCCGCCAUCUCUGGCUUCCCCCUCUCCCCGACCACCUCCGGCAUAGCCUCCAACUCGGUCUUCGCGGCGUCGCUGCUGUCCUCCGCCACCCUGCCAGCGAUGUUCCCCAUAGCCUCGCUCCCAGACCUCGCCAAAGUGGCCCCGGACAGCAGAAGCGCCAGCGUAGCCGCCCUCAGGAUGCGUGCUAAGGAGCACCUCGAGUCUAUGGGGAAGAUGUUCCCGUACUCAUGAGUCAGUUUGAAACUCUGUUGAGAGACCCAAGACAAGUUUCAACGACAGAAGGCAGGAAUAUUAAUCCAACGAUUACACAUGUUCCAAAUGUGCAAUGAUGAGGGUUGUGCCAUUUUGUGUUGUCCUUGCACGAACUUGAACAGGAUAUUUCACUCAGUACUAUGUAUUUGGUGUAUCUCUUCCCGUGCAAUUUCGUCGUCUGGUGCACUGUGUGAAAAUUUCACUUCAUUAUUUUCGCUGCAUGAAAUCCGUCAUCGAAGCAAACCUUAAACAUCUGUAAAGUUGUGUAAUUUCCGUCGACUGAAAAACGGAAACUUUCCAUAUGCUUUAAGGUACGCUUAAAUAUAUGAUUUCACACAGUACUAUUCUCCUUUAGUAUUCUUUCCCUAUAUAGCUAGCAUAUUCAUUUUUCUCUGCUACGUACUCUCUUUUUCGUUUCUGUCAUAUACAUGUUCUUUCUAUUCCCUUGAAAAGAUCUGCCUGGAGAUUACAUCGGGCAAAUUUCAAUCGCUAAUCUUUCCUUUCUUUCCAACUUCGUCGCCUUCCUUUCUUCUUGUAACCAAAACACGUUUGCCUGUGAUGAGAAUUGUUCAACAUAAAUCAGGACUAUAUAUUGUAAAAUGAAGUAUUCUUCCUUGAAGUGUUGUGUACAAUAUUGUGCCUUGGUGAUGUCGUUAUGGCGUCAGUACAGUACGUCGGCAGAACGUACUGCGCCUGUGCGAAACCUGCAAGGUAUUGAGUAUAACACUGCGGUAGAACGCACGGCUCAUUUAAGGUCGUAUUCGCGUAUCCAAGGAUGAAGCGGGCAAACCUUUCGCUCAGUAGCAGUACGAGUAUGUUCUGCCGACGUACUCGUCAGUACUUGGUUGGGUCGUCUUCUCCAAGUCGUUGUAAUAUAGAUCAUAUGUAAAGCAUGAAGUGCAAUAUAUUGUUAAAGAUAAGCUGUUUCUGUUGUGUUUGUUUGAAUGUUGCAUUUUCCGACAAUCAGUAAGUACUACACAAGACUAUGAUUCUGUGAAAAAGAUUUUGUUAUAUAUUGUGUUUUGUGGAUUCCUUUUUAAAAAUAUCACCUGCCAGUCUGCAAGAUACUCACAAAGAAAACUUUGAGGAAGACUUUAUAAAUGAUUCGACAUAUAAAAAAUUACACAAGGUCUUAAGUUAAUCAACAGGUUCGAUAAAACACGUUCACAUAUCACUUUAACAGUUCACCAUAGCCAAAGGUAGGGGCGGUCUUUAUACCAGGUAUCGUGGGCAGGACUGAAUAAACCUUCUUUGUACAACGUAACAUUAAACGUAACCGUCUGAUUUGAUAUAAUCUUAUGGCGUUUAGCUACUAAUGGUGAGGCCGGACCUCUAAAAAAUGUUCAUACAAAGACUUUACGUCUUAGGAGUUGGAGGUGAUGAAAGAACUUGUAACUUCACAAUCAACAACAACAAAAAACAAGAAAACAACUUGUACAUGUAUUAUAACUCAACCAAAAGCUCCGUUAAUGUGCCGCCAUAGACAAGUGUGUUAUCGUAUCAGUUCCACUAUUUUGUCAAAAAGAAAUCGAAAUGCUGGUAUUUUGUGGUAAACCUCACGUCAUUUGGGACUAUAGAAUGCAUGCACUAUAUAUUGAUUGUUGUUGUAAGAAAGUGUAUGAUUUCUUGCUGGAUUCUUUCGUUGUUUGUUUGAUUUUAUGUAUAU